GAAAACGGCGGAAGCAAUGUUGGUUUUUCCAGAAGGUACACUACACCACACAACACACCACUUACAAGCAAAACUGUCACAUACACCACACAUGAAGACAGCAGUUUCCCGACACACCACACAUCCAUUGGAAGCAGCAGAAAACUCCACACACACACCAGUACACGCAGCUACUAAUCCACCACCGCCCAAUGAGAAAAAAGGCUUCGUCCUGGAAGUGAACGUCCCUUUUCGACCACCGAUUUCGAUCAAUAAACAUCGGCGGGAUUUUCCUUAUAUUUUCGUAUUCGGCAUGCAGCUCCACCACCUCUCUAUAUCUGGCGAUCUUCGGCGCGCAGCAGUUAAAUCAACAUAUCAUAUAAUUUUCGAGUGUCUCCUUUUUAUAAUUGUGUAAACAUAGUCGUACAACCUCCAUUGGUAUC